AUGUUAGAGUUAGCAUUUGGUUCCUCGUUUGGAGAUGCUGCUGCUAAUGCAGAAUACAGACGUGUGAGUGCUGUGAUUUAUGAAAAGUGUCUUAUGGCUUUGAAGAGAAACUUCCCUGUGAUCUGGUGUAACUACUGCCAAGAAGAAACUACAAUUGUUUCUGUGAAUCCAAACUUCCAAUACAGACGUCCUCAAAAUAUUUCUGAUGAAUUCAUUUAUUUCCGUCCUAUUAAUGCGGAAAUUCAGGAAAGGGCCAGAAAACAAAAUGAACAGAAUCCAACUUUGGCUUCCCAGCAACCCAAUCGUGAAGGUAUCCAUCAGAGGGACUUGGGGCUUACAAGUCAGGUGGUAAAGGCUACCACCCCACCACUAACUAAGGAGUUAGAAAGCAUUGCCCUUGUAAGACCAAAAACUUCAGGUCUUCUUCGCAUAGAGAUAGUACCAAUUUCUCCAGGGUUCCCAGAAUUUCAACGCUUAGACGUUACAGGAAUUGCCAGUCCCAAGGAAAGGGGGAAAGGCACCGCAAUACUUGUUGCAGGUGUGCCUGGAAAGGAGGAGCUAGAUGAUACAGAAAUUCCAACUUUGCACUUCACUGGGUUUGUACACCUGGAGGUUUUACUAAAUAAAUGUUCACCAUCCUCAGAAUACAGUCGCCCAGGAACCCCAAGAAAUCUGUGGAUGGAAUCUCCAGAAAAUGCAGAGUCCCCAGGAAGUGAUGAUAUGGAAGUAGCAAGAAACAUGUAUCCUUUUAGAGAAAGAUUCAUCUAUCGGCGUUCCUGGGCAGAGCUCUUAGAGGCACCACUAAACAGUGAGGGGCUCCAUAUUCUCCAAACUAUUCCCAAGGAAGAAAACCAAGAUAUGGGUUGCAACAAACUAACAUCAGAAGAAGAGAAUCAAGUAACCAUCCAUACUAAGGAUCAACAUUUCCAAGCUUUGCAAGGCCCUUUCCCCUUGUUGCCAGAGCAUCCUAAGCUCCAGCAGCAGCGCAGUCAAAGCUUACCAAGAUACAGUGAAGCCAGAGGCCAGUAUUUAAAUGCACCUGAAUUCAAAUUAAAUGAAGAAACUCACUUCUUCCCAUUUGACCAUAAUUUAAUAACAGAAGAAAAUAUCAAGGAAAGAUACAACAUGGAGGGAGCCUGGCAAAGAGAAAUUCCAUCACAUUCUGGAGAACAUCUUCCCAUCAAGCCAAGAUUUGAAAAUUCUGCAAUUGGAGGAAACAUUGGAAUUCCUGAGGAUACUUCUGCAUACUCCAGAGGCAAUAUUAGAAGCCCCAAGAAUGAUGUUAAUACUAUCCCCAUGGUUAAUGUUGGAAUGCCCGUAGAUAAUUUUCAAUUUCUUAGAGGCAAUGCUGGAGUUCCCAGGGGCAGUGCUUUUGCUGUUUACAUGGGUAAUAGUGAUAGAACCUCCAGAUGUAUGGUAUCUUCUCCAUUCACUGAGCUCUCAAAGAUAGGUGAACACCAGUUAUAA